GCAGAUGAGAGGACGGAAGGACUCACCUGAGGGAGCUGCCACGCCUGUCUGUGUCUACACAGUACCCACGGUGAGUCCGGAAGUGGCAUCUCCGUAGUCAAGCCCGCAAAGUUCUUCUGUGAAAAUCAGCAUUCCAAGUCUGCCAUGAAUAUCCCAAAUCUGGCAAAUAACAUUCCAAGUCUGCAAUAAAUCAUUUUAAGUCCCCAAAAUAAUAUUCCAAAUCUACAACGGAACAUUCCUAACCUACAACAGCAUUCAGAGCCUAAGCAGAUUUCCUGGCCUACAACAGCAGUGAACACGUUCAAUGGCAUUCCAGGCUUACAGCAUAUUUCCAAGCCUAUAGCACCAUUCAAAGCAUACAGCAGUAUAGCAUUCCAAGCCUACAACAGAAUUCAAAGUCGACAACAGUAUUCUAAGCUUGGACCAGAUUAUCAUACCUAUAAUAAUAUUCUUCCAACAGUAUAUCCUAAAUCUGCAACAGAACAUUCCAAGUCUACAAUAAAUAUCCCAGAUGUGCAAAAUAACAUUAAAAGUCUGCAAUGAAUAUCCCAAAUGCGCAAAAUAACAUUCCAAACCUGCAAUAAAACACUGCAAAUCCCCAGUCUGCAACGUAUAAUAUUUGCAGUCUGCAACAAAUAAUAUUCCAAGUCUGCAACGGGAAAUUGCAAAUCUGCAAAGAAUCAGUCCAAACCUUCAACAGCCUUCAAAGCCAACAACAAAUUUCCAAGGAUUUUUUCGGGAACAUUUUAAAUUACAAUGGAAAUUUUCCAAGGGUUGUAAAUUGGUGUUACUCUAUAUGGAAGCAAUCUUCAAAGAAACUUGUUCAUGACUUUCAGUGGGCCAUCCAAGAUUACAGCACCAAUAUCUCAGGCAUGCGACCAAUGAGACCAAUUGGUCUCAUUGAUUGGACCAAUUCGGGACCAAUGAGCCAGAGCUCAAUCCCCCGCAAGCACAACUAGGUGAGUACAGCAGGGCAAUCCCAUCUCCAUGACAGAAAUAUUUUACUUUAGAAGAGGUAUAUUCAAAAUCUGAAAUGGAAGAUUUUUAAGUAUAUAGCGGACACAUUCUAAGCCAACAGCGAGAACAUUCCAACCCUACAGUAAGAACAUUCCAAGCCUGCAACGAGAACAUUCCGGUCCUACAAUGUGAACAUUUCAAGCCUACGACUGGCAUUUCGUAGCCAACAAAGCUAACUUUCAAAUCUACAACGGAAAUAUUCCAAACCCACUAAAUCUACAACACGAACAUUUCAAGUUUGAUGAAGUUUUCCCGGAUAAUCCAGAUAUAUUCUUAUCCCGCAGAGUUAAUAUGCCAAUUACAAAAUAGCAGUAGUAAUCUUUCAACGAUAUUCAUUUCUAAUCGGAUACAACAGUAAAAUUCCAGAUAGACAACAGAUGACCACAGGCCAGCAACAGAUGUGCGCAAGUACCAACAGGGAGAUCUGAGGAGAACCAUUCCUAGGAGACAUAUGGCUAGUCUCCUCCCUGUCAGUAAGCUGGACUCUGUUACUCUUACUCAUGUGUAGAGUGAGGCAUCAGAGCAGCAGUUGGACAUAACUCCGCAAGAGCCAGAGGAUCACCAUCUUAUUGCCAUCAAGAAGUUCAUAACUUCAUGAAAUAACUGAUUCUUCACUAUGAUAUUCAUUGCUUAAUUAUUAUUUUGCUGGACACACUUAGUGAAGCAGGCAUAUUAGUGGCAACCUGGAGAACUCUCCUCCAGUAAGUGAAAGCUCUCGUUUAGUGAAUGAAAGAUCUUCUCCAGCAAGUUUCUUUUGCGACGACUUUUGCUCUGUGGCUGUCUUUCUGGCCGUCAUUUUCCUUGUGAGACGUGUGUUCAUCGCGCGAGUUAAAUAACCGAUGAUGCAAGAGUAAGAAAUCGCAUUAAAAUAGCCAGGGUCUUCCAAAGGUAAACAACGAGAAGGUCGAAGACUUAGGCAAGAUUUUCCUUGGGUGAGUAUGUGGGCGGCGGGAGAAGUGUGGGCAGCAUGAGUGAGGUGGCCAUCCCGCCCACUGGUCGCGGCGGCUGUCACCAGUACGGACCAUGACCACGACGCUGACCCGUCCCUCAGUGUGUCAGCCCAGGAGGCGCGCUGCCUUUCUGUGGGCGUGGCUGUGGGCGUUAGCUAUCACCGAGUUUGGGGCGCUGGCCGACUGCCCUAAAGUGUGUGAGUGCAAGUGGCGUGACGGGAAGGAAGUGGUGGCCUGCCGGGACGCUCAUUUUAUUGAUAUUCCUCGAGGACUUGACCCCUCCACACAAGUGCUUGAUCUCCGCCACAACAACCUGAGGAUCCUUCCCCGGGAUUCCUUUGUGUACACAGGCCUUGUUAACCUGCAGAAAGUUUGGCUCAAUUUUUGCAACCUCAUGCGACUCGAAAAAGGCGCUUUCAGGAUGUUGAAUAACGUUGUGGAACUUGAUCUGAGCAAUAAUCUCUUGAGAACAGUGCCAUCGGAAGCACUUAUGGACAUGGGCGGCCUGCGGGAACUGCGCCUCGCUCACAACAGCCUCACAACCAUCCCCCCACUGGCCUUUGUGCCCACACCUGAGUUGGUGCACCUCGACCUUAGCCACAACAGCAUUGCUGUGAUCGAAGAAGGAGCUUUACGAGCUCUGUCGAGACUUGAAGUCCUGAACUUAUCUGAUAACAAACUUAUGACCAUGGAUGCCAGCGACCUUAUGUUGAUAGCAGUGCUACGGGUGAUACACCUCGAGGGUAACCCUUGGCACUGUGAUUGCCGUCUACGGCCACUACGAAAAUGGAUGCAGGAGCACAACUUAGCGGCGUCGGUGCCCGCCGUGUGCACUCAUCCUAGAUGGCUGACUGGUCGUGACUGGCAGCUCUUGAGUGAAGAGGAGUUUGUGUGUGCGCCGUUGGUGACGGCGGAGGCUCCCAGAGUGUUGGCUGCUGAAGGAGAAAAUGUGUCGUUGACUUGUCGUGUGGAGUCCGAGGUGGAGGCGAUCGUCACGUGGCUGGUGGGUGACAGUCCCCUGCAGAACACUAGCGAGGCGCAGCGCUACACCGUAGUGGAGCAGAUGGGACCCUACUAUUCUUCGUUUAUUUCCAACUUGACCAUUAUAGACGUAAUUCCAACGGAUCAAGGAACAUAUCGUUGCAUUGCAGAGAAUAGGGCGGGGCGCAGGGAGGUUAAUUUAACCCUCCAGGUGUCGCACGAGGUGGCGGAGGUGCGCAUCGCUAAUGUCGACGAUUCUUACAUGAAAGGUGGCGUCUUCGGUGGGGUUUCAAUUCUAGUAUGCAUUCUGAUUAUCGUGUGUCUUCUCAUAUAUUGUAAAGUUCGCACCACUCGUCCAACACAACAAGAAGAUGAUAAGCUCGUAACACCUCAGACGUCUAGAGAGUCAGAGGGCACAGAUGCCCACAAGAUGGCCGGUUAUCAUAUAGUCCCCACCAACGAUUUGGAGGAUCCCCAGCCAUCGAUGCGAAGAUCCCAGCAGACACAGUCUUCCUGGAUGCUCCGAGAAGCUUCCAUAGAUGAAUUCUCUUCCGGAAAAAGUUUGGAGGCCAGCACCGAAGGGCGAAGGCAAGAGACCUUAGAGGUGCCGGUGCCCCUGCCUACCACCACACCCAGCAGCGUCUCCUACGUGGAAAUCCCUAAAUCCGGGAUCGGGACGGUGAGAACGACGCUGGAAGAUCCUUCACGAUGGAAGGAUCAUCUCUUCUACAACGGAAGAGAUGCGCUCUUCUACAGAAUGUGUGGCCGUUCAGCAUCUCAGACAUCUGUAGGUGCCAGCAGCAAUGGCGGCCAAUAUCCAGACUUGCUGGAUCUGCCACGCUCUCAAUAUCAGCAGCAGCAGGAGAUGCAGCAGUACCAGGCCGCUAGUCUGCCGCUGCACACACUCAACCCGUCCUACUGCACCUUGCCCAGAACGAGGGCGAGGGUGAAUAGUGAUGCGUCAGGUAGGCCGGAGCGGGAGGCAGGGAAGGCUGGCCUGCACUUGAACACACAGCCUGCACCCACAUACCCAGAGGAUGCGGCCUACAGAUCAUCAAGUGCCCUCAAUCUGGCGCUGAGCGAGGCGGCCUCCCUCGCCUACGCCCAUCUUCCGUCGCGUGGGCGGCAACCCUUCCCGCCCACCACCGCCCUCACGGCGGCCCACCACCCCCAGGACCUUCACGACCUCAUAGUCGCCCACAGGAGCCAGUGCACGAGCGGAGAGGGUGGUGCAGGGAGCGGACAGGUACCAUCGGAUCCGUACCGCUUCGAGUACCACGCGGCGCAGCUGGAGAAGUUCCUUCAGGAGUACCGCUGCCUUCAGGAGCAGCUCAUCCAUAUGAAGCAGUCGUAUGAGGCCCAGCACCACCGGGGAUCGACGCCCAGAUUGGACCGUUGCACCGACGCCCUUGGGGCGGUGGGCGGCCCUCCUCCACCUCCAUCUCACGUUGGGCCACUACCCCACCCCAUCGUGGCUCCUCCACCCCCCGUGGAACUCAUCCCCCCACCCAUGGAAGUCAUUCCACCUCCACCAGUAGGAACUACGACGCUGCCUCCUCCAGCAGCGCGUCCAACCACGUCGUCCGCGAAGUCUUCUGCUGCUAAGGUGUCCAAGUCUUACGGCGUGGGUCACCAGUCCUACAGUGAUCAACCUGCGAAACAGCCACCGGCUGGUGCUUCUGCAGAACCUUUAAAAUCCAUCCUGAAGAAGGCCCCUGAGGCCGGCAAGCAACACCAGCUGCGGCCGCAGAAGCAGCGGACCACAAGUGCCUCGCAUGGAGAGUCCUCGAGCGGUAGUCGAGCCACGGGUGAUCCUCUCUAGUAGUACUUCCACUACCGCCCUUCCCUGCCAGUUCAUGAGACACCAGAACGGACUCCAGAACUGGGCCGCACGAUGCUCCUGGCCGCUGGUCCAGUGACCCCGUCAGCUAACCGGACCAGACGAGGCCGGGAGAGAUGGUCAGUACACCAAUACACCAUGAGGCAAAGGGACCAAUGAACCAUGGUCAAGAAGGCGAAGGCUAUAGUGGGAAAACUCUGUAAUAACGGUCUUAUGCUUUGAGGAACACAUGUUUAGUUGUGAUACAAUUUUUUUUUUUUUCUCUCUCUCUCUCUCUCUCUCUCUCUCUCUCUCUCUCUCUCUCUCUCUCUCUCUCUCUCUCUCUCUCUCUCUCUCUCUCUCUCUCUCUCUCUCUCUCUCUCUCUCUUUCUCUCCCUCCCUCUCCGCUAGGAACUAAAAACUGAGUAAUCUCUUAAGAGAAUCUGCUACCACCGUUGGCACUGGCACUCUACGAGCUGGUCCAUGGCACAGUACUGGUGUGGUGUCACGUUUGGUCCACUCACGAGACCUGGCACUGUUGAUUCACCUGUUGCUACUGUCACAUACAGUGUCCACAUGUAAGACGUCAAUAAAUAGUAUGACCCAUGAUGUGACAACGCUCAGUUCCCUUCCACACCUCCCUUCUCUUCCCAUCCCUCUCUCCCUCUCACUCCCCUCACCCCUUCCCCCAACCACCAUUUCCCAUCGACCUCCACUAUCUUGGAACGUGAAAAUCUUUCUGGGUCCCGAAACUCUCCUAUUUCUCGAGCAUCUGCUUCGCCUGUGUGCUGCCUGCUUCGUUAUACCACGAGAACACGUACGCGGAGGACCCGUCUUCUCCUCGCCUGGCCACAACUUCUAUCUCUAAGACUAUGAUAUAAAUAAGAAAUGUAAAGAAAUUAUAGCUUUUUUAAGAACGCAUUACACUAAGACCUAGGCGUGACGUGUGUGUGUGUGUGUGUGUGUGUGGAUGUUAUUGUCAGUCGAUUAAUGUUGGCAGGGACGAUGGGAUCCAUACAAAGUUCCCAGUACGUGAACUUGGGCAUUAUAUGGUGGUGUAUCGUAGACUGUAUAUAUAUUUUUGUCUAGUGAUGACUGUUUGACGUGCCAGAAGAUUCAUGGAUAAUGUCAUGUGUGUGUGUAGUAGUGGCGACGAGAUGUUUGUGUGGCUUAGAAACUGUCUCCCUGACUCUUUUCUAGUCUAUUUUGUAAUAAAACUUAAUUAAAUCUCUCUCUCUCUCUCGAUGAAGUGAAAACGCAACUCGAGAGAUGGUGAAGCUAAACUAAACAUGUUAUAGAUUAAAGUUAACUAUAUCUAAAAGACUCUAAAAAAAAGUUAUGACUAUUAUCAAUACACUUCAGUGAUAGCAUUGUUGUUGUUGUUGUUGUUAUUGUUUGUAGAAGUCUUAUGAACUGGUGCUAAGAAUAGCUUACGUUAGGCCUGAAGAUCUCGAAGCGCAACUCAACUGUUGAGUGAACAAAUCCUCAAGGGCCGUGACGAGGAUUCGAACCUACGUCCGAGAGUGAGUGAAGAUAAGGUGGUGAACAUAUCUGGGGAUUUAUUACACUCGUGUGGCCAAACAUGUUACUCACGUCUUGAGAGUGACGGUCAUUGCCAUUCUUCUAUUACUGCCGAUUACAUAGAACAUUCUAUUAGUGUAUAAAGGAAUAAGUGAUGAAAUUUAGUCUUCAGUGACUUGUAUAGUGGAUUCUAUACUUCUGAUAUGUGUGUGUGUGCACUCUUACUGAACGAACCCCUCUGAUAUUAUAAUUUACAAAGCCUUUUAAAUUUCUAUGUUGAAUAGAUUUUUGACAGCCAACUAACCUUGGACUGCGUCAAAAGGCAACAAGGUUAAACCUCGACUUGAAAGCAAAACAAAAUUAUACAAUUGACCAACGUAUUAUACCGAAUUCAGAAAUGAAGUCGAACGCGUUCUUCAGUCAACACCUACGAAGUCGAGCGACAUGUCUAACUGCCUGAUUGACAUCCUGUAACCUGGAGGAAGCUUAAACAGUAGCCCUAACAACGGAAUGAAAGUAGCCCUGGAAGGAAAGCCCUAAUAACGUGUUGCACGAUCGUUCAGUUUCUGACUCUAAACUACAACAGAACGAGAAAAGACAUUCAUGCCAUUCCACACUAAAUAUUUUAAUGGGUGAGAAACUCUUUGGGGCAAUCCCAUGACCUCGAACUCACGUCGUGGGUCACCCUGGACGGGGUAAUUAUAUAACCUUGGGGUUAUAUAAUCUAUAUAUUAUAUAGAUUAUAUAACCUUGGGGUUAUAUAAUCUAUAUAUUAUAUAGAUUAGUUAUAUAAUAAUCUAAGUUAUAUAAUAUAAUGAUGCUUUAUAACCUUGGGGUUAUAAAGCAUGUUUUUUAUGGGUCCUCCGCUGAGUUAAGCAUUACAUCAAAUGGGUGGUACAUUAUUUUGUACAUUGUAAUCUACACUUCGCCAAUGUGCUUAUUAUAAUUUUGUACAUUAUAGCACAGUGUACAAUGAAAUAUUAUUUUUUGUAAUAGGUUUGUGUACUAUUUUAUCACGAGCAUUACAAUUUAAUGUUGAAACGCUCUGUACUUAAUUUUGUUGUCUACAUGCAUUCUAAUGUACUGUAAUUUUAAUUAAAUGUACAGCUGAACACCGUGCAAAGGUAAUAGUUACACUGAUUAUGUAAAUACAAGUAAAGUGUACAUUAUAUUAUGAAUAUUGUGAUACGUCGCAUAGGUGAAGGCAGUGUACACCUGACUACACUGUACAGCAUGCUAUUUAAUCAAAGUUAUGUACAUUGAAUGUACAUGUUAUGUACAUUCUCCACGACCAAAGAUCACAAUUACUCCCCAAAAAAAUCUACCACUUACGGGCUAUUCAUGCCCGUGCCACCUCUUGGGUGGCUUAAUCUUCAUCAAUUAAUCAUUGCAGUGUAUUGCAAACUUUAGACUUUGAUACCGUGCAUAAUGUAAUAAUUUAUCAUCUUUAAAACAACAUAACAUACGAUAUUACAUGUAAUCAUGCUGUGCUCUCCGUAAUCUAAUGUAUUGUACACUUUAAGAUCAUGGACACACACAUAUAAUGUACAUUUAGUUCCUGUCUACACUGUAAUACCCAGUAUCCUGAAUACUGCGCAUAUUGUAGUAUGUACAGGGUUAUAUCAUGUACGUUUUAAAUAUAACGCAGAAUAUACUGUAUGUGUAUGCUGUGUUAUAGCGCAUUGUAAUUUCUCCUCCUUGGUAAACAUGUACAGUGUAAUCCCGCACAGAACACUCCAUGGUUAACCUGUACGGUGUAAUAUUAUUUAAACAUUACACCAGCACUGUAAAACAUCUUACAUGGUGCAGUGUAAUGUUGUGUCCUCGUAAUGUACACUGAUUGGUAUGCGCGAUUUAAGGAUUUACACUGCAGUGUACUGUGCAGUGCAGUAUUUGAUGCAUCAUAAUAUGGUAUACAUUACAUUACUGUGCGGAGAAUAAAACAAAAAUACAUUUUUAAAGUGAACACAUUUUGAGUGUAAUAGUUUACAGCAUAUUUUGGUAUAUAUACACUUGUGUUAUUUAUUUUAUAUUCUCCAAAAGUGUUCAUAAUAAAUUGUACAUUAGAUUAUUUUGUUAUA